AUGCUUUGUAAUGAUAUGUGUUCAAAAAAGAUUGAAAUUGAUCGAAAAACAGGUGUUCCAAAAAAUGUAUUAGGCAACACUGGAAAAUUAACAGCUGAGGCAUUAGCUCAAUUUGAUGCAAUAGAUAAUACAUUAAAAGGUUCACAAUCCAUAGCAGAAAGUAGAAAAUCCACCUUAAGCAUUUUAAGUAUAAGACCUAAAGGAGAAACUUCCGAUGCAAGAAAAGAAAGAAAGAAAUUACUCAAAGAAUAUAGAAAAGAAAGACGGAUGGAACGAAAAGCAAACACAGAGGCAUUUAAAGAGGAAAAGAAAUGUCAAGAAAAGAUUAGGUUGAACAAUAGACAAAACAUUCAUGGAAAUCGUAUGAUAUAGAACUUUCUACAGAAAUAAUAUAUGCUUUGUAAUGAUAUGGUAAUAUAUCUUUACAGAUUUAACAAUUUUGAUUUUAUAUAAUAUAUAAUAUAAUAUUUUAUUAUAAAA